CCGAUCUGCUGGGCAGUGAGUGGCGGCCAGUACCCAGCUAAGAUGGGCUGUGUCUGGGGCCUGGCUCUGUCCUUUCUUUUCUUCAGCUGGGAGGCUGGGGGCUCUAGGAGCUCUGCAGGCCCUAGCACCAGUGGACCAGUCCCUUUGGUGACAACAAAUAAUACAGGAGCACUUGCCAUGACUGAAGGGAUCAAGACAAGUUCAGAGAGAGCCUUGCAGACCACUGACCUUCAUGAGCCCUUCAUGAGCUCUGUUUCUUUGCAAACUCAAACCCUGAGCUCUCGGACCAUUUCUAAGACUUUAAUCACAGCAAAUAAUAGAUCAGAAGCUGAGAGUAAGGAGACCAGGACCAUUUCCCCCUCGGCAGGGGUCAGGGAAACUCCCCCUGUUUCACCCCUACAAGAGAACUGGACCUUCUCAAAGAUUAUAGCACCUACCACUGCAGCUGUGAUGACCACCCCUAAGGAGACCUUCACCCCACGUGGCAGCCCCACAGCACGUAGAACACACCGUGGGACUGGCACUCGCAGAAUUCCCAUGGGAGCCAUCUUUGCUCACCCUUGUACCUCUGAGAGCUCUGAAGAGGCACACUGGAUCACAGUGGACAUCUCAACAAGGGCAGACACGCCAACAGAAUCAGAGAGCCUGUCCUCAGAGAGCAGCAGCUCCUCUUCUGACAGCUCUUCGCAGGCGCUGGCAUCUGGGACCUCGUCGACUCAAGCCAAGGCGUUAGCUGCCUACAGCAUCAUCCACAUCCAGUUUACCAAUUGUAGCAUCACCAAAAUAGAAACAGCUGCCAUCAUCUCUAAAACCUCAGACACAGGUCCUAGACCCACAGAGGAAGAGUUGGCCUUGUCCACAUCAGAGUCAUCAGCUGUGCCCCACUCCCUUGAGGAAAAACCAUACAUCUCCAACACCACAGCCUUUGCUGAGGCCUUGUCAUCAGCCAGCACCUUGGAUACAGCCAGGGGAACUUGGGUGACAGUCACCAGGAAGCCUAUAGAAGAAACGUCAGUGCUGUCCUUUGAGACGUCAAGCCACACUGAGGUCCCAGGAGCACUUCCGGUCUCCAUGGGGGCUGGAUCAACAGGGGGCACAGGGCCUUCCUUUGCUGCCUCCUCAGCUUCAGUCUACAGCCCCUCAGACCCAGCUGCCACCAAGGACUCCACCCUAUCAGAGACGCUGACCACAGCCAGUGUAGCCAACAGGGCCACCAGCGGGAGCCCUGCUUCGACUGUCCAUCCAGCCACAGCCAGCUUGAGCCACAUUCCUUCUGUCCAUCCAGCUACAACUGCCACCAGCCACACACCAAGUCUGACAUCAGAGGGAGCCUUUUGGACAGCCGGGCUUCAUGAGUCUUCAGUGCCACGCCCGGUUCCUCUCCACACGCAAACCCCGAGCACUGCAAGCUUUCCUAAGAGCAUAAUCACAGCAGGCAGUGUAGCAGAAAUGGACAUCAGGGAGUCCCAGACCACUUCCCCCACACCAGGAACCAUGGAGACCCCCACCAACUCCCCUGCAGUGGAGAGCUCGGGGGCCCUGGCCAUUUCCCCUGAAGCUGAGACCCCUGAGACCCAGGCCACUUCCUCCACAUCAGAGACCACAGUGACUCCCCAUAUUUCCCCUGCAGUGGAGAGCUCAGGGGCCCUGGCCAUUUCCCCUGAAGCUGAGACCCUGGAGACCCAGGCCACUUCCUCCACAUCAGAGACCACGGAGACCCCCACCAACUCCCCUGCAGUGGAGAGCUCGGGGGCCCUGGCCAUUUCCCCUGAAGCUGAGACCCCUGAGAUGCAGGCCACUUCCUCCACAUCAGAGACCACAGUGACUCCCCAUAUUUCCCCUGCAGUGGAGAGCUCAGGGGCCCUGGCCAUUUCCCCCAAUUCAGAGAGCAUGGAGACACUGAUCACUUCCACUGACACAGAGACCUCGAGGACCCAGACCACUUCCCCUGCAGCAGAGCUUGAAGGGACCUUGACAGGUUCUUCUACAACAGAAAUCAUGGAGACACCAACCAUUUCUCCAGGAACCGAACCCACGGAGACCCUGAGCACUUCCCCUGGAGCAGAGACCAGGGAGAUUGGGACUAUUUCCUCUGAACUGGAGUUUGAAGGGACCCUGACCAUUACCCCUGCAGCAGAGACCAGGGAGACCCCACCAAUUUCUGCUGCAACACAGACCAUGGAGACCCCAACAAGUUUCCCUGUAGCAGAGAUGGGGACCCAUUUCACAAAGACCAUACCUCCCACCAUUACCCCACCAUACCUCACCAGACCUGGAACACCCACAUUUGUCUCAGACACAGCUGCCACCAAGAGCUCCAGCCCCUUUGAGUCUUCUACCACAGAAAGUACAGCCCACAGGUCCAUCCCCACCAGCAGGUGCCUUCCCCCUUCUAUCCUUCCAGCCACAGCCAGUGGGAGCCCUCUCCCUUCUGACUACCUGAUUACAGCCACCCGCAGUCAAGAAACAAACACCACCUUCAUCAAAAUCACAGCCUCACCAAUGACCCCCAUAAGGCCCCUGACAUCAACACCUGGCCCUUUUUGGUCAAGGCAGACCACAGGAGUUACUAUAGGUGGAGAUGGAGGCCUCCUCCUUGUGCGACUGAGUGUGGCCUCCCCAGAAGACCUCACUGAGCCCAGCGUGGCAGAGAAGCUGAUAGAAGAGCUCCAUUGUGAAUUGCUAGCCCACAAGCUGCUUGUCCAAAUCUCCUUACUUCGAGUCAAGAGGGACUAAAGAAUACCAGCUGCAGCCAGGUACAACUGUGUGCCAAGGAGGAUCAGUGCUGCCCAUGGCCUUGUCUCCUAUCUAUAGGCAGAAGCCACAUUAUUGUACUGAGAGGGAUCUAGAAAGUUCCCAUGAAGGUCAGCUGGCCCAAGCACCAUACUCCAGAUGUGGCCAAUGGUCCCUGGCCCACUUAGGCCCGAGUGUGUGUGUGGAGGUGGCUUCCCUGUUCCCAGAGGCAUCCUGCACUUCCUUUGGCACUUGCAUGUUUCAGUAAAGAGAGAUGUGAUC